AUGAAGUUAUUAAAAGUUUUGUUGUUUUUUGGAUUAAUUUAUGUGACUGCAGGGCAAUCGUUGGAUCGUCCAUUGCAAUCUUCAAUACUUCCAACAAUUUUGGAACGAAUACUUGAAAGAGGUCGCAAUAUAUUGAAUCGACAGAUUAUCAACAUAAUUGAGGGGCAACGAGAAAAUUUCUCUACUGGUUGGCCGUUAUUAGGAAUCCCACCAAUAGAUCCUUUGCUCAUUGAAGAUGUUGAAUUAAAUCUUGACACAUUAGAAACUUUAAAUUCAUUCUCGCUGCGUUUGUUUGAUGCGGAACUUGUGGGAUUGCAGGAAUUUGAGAUUGACGAGAUGGAUGUCAGCAUUAUUGGGUUGUCAGCAUACUUUGAGAUAUCUUUUAGAGAACUGAGUCUGAUAGGACAACAUGAGACAAGUGGGAAUCUUGGAACUACACCUAUUUCAGGAACUGGUUCAGCUAGUUUUAUCUUCAACGAUCUUCGAGUAAAUGGAACCAUCGACAUGAGUAAUGUCGAUGACGGCUUCCUGAACAUUGACAAGUUUUUCUUAGGCAUCUCAGUCAGAAGAGUUACCGUUCGUUUGCAAGGUUUCGGUAUCUUCUUAGACGCAACCAUCAGCACUUUAUUAUCAGCAGCAUUUCCAACUCUAAUUACUGAAAGUCAAAGUGCUAUCAACGACUUUAUAAAUGAAAAUAUUGUUUCAGCAUUAAACAAAGUGUUGAAUGAUUUUCGUAUAAUUGAUGUGAUAAAUUCGCUUAUUAACAGCAUUUUCAAUCAAUUAGUUUCAUGUUUAAAUCUAUUUGAACAGAAUUAA